CUUUCUUCUUCUUCGUCGUCGUCGUCGUCGUCGUCUGGGGUUUCACAAAAACCUAAAUUGGUGAGAAUCGAAAGAAGCACUCACUAUAGGUGAAGAGGAACUUCUCUCCCAACAGUGUCAGGUCUUGGAGGGAGAAGGAACAGUCUGUUGCAGGAAUUGUUCAAAACUACUACCUCCGUUCCUCCAAAUUUGUUCGGGAGUAGAAAAAUUUGGGGCUGCUAACAUUGAGUAUGAGGUCGAAAAGACUGGAACUACAAGAAGCUCUCAAGAUGCAGAAGCAUAAGCCGUCAACAAAAAAACGUCAAGAAGCUCUCCAGAACCAGAGGCUGUCAACAACAAAACCACGCUCUGCAUCUAUCAACAACGGAAGAAGAGAAAAUGAAAUUCUGACUGAUGUAGCGGAUGAAAGACCCAACGCUGUCGCUCCCGAGAAGCAAAAGUCUUCAGCAACAAAAUCAUGUUCUGGAUUCAUAACUGGCCGAAGAGCAAAAAAAGUUGUGACUGAUGCAGUAGUGGGUGAAAGACUCAAUGCUUUUGCUCUCGAGAAGCAGAGGUCGUUAACUAUAAAACCACACAUUUCGUUCGUUAAUGGCCAAAGGGAAAAAGAAAGUGUGACAGAAGCAGUGGAGAAGCAGACUUCUUCAACAACAAAAUCAUGUUCUGCAGUCAACGAUGAUAGUUGGGCAAACGAAAUUGUUAGGAUCACAGUGGAUGCAAGACUGGACGCUGUUAGUUUCAAGAAGCAGAGGUUGUCAACAACUGAACCAUCUUCUGCAUUUGUUAAUCACAGGAAGGAAAGUGAAAUUGUGACCGAUCAAGAGGAUGAAAGACUCAAUGCUGUUGCUGACAUGCUUGAUGCUGGGAAGGAUACUGGAGAUGAAGAUGCCGAGACACCUGAUACUUGGACUGAUACUAGAGAUGAAGAUGCUGACAUACUUGAUGCGGAUGGAGACAGGUACGUGCAAGUUCUGGAGGACCAAUUGUUAUCCACCGACUCUGAUGAAGACAGUAACAUACUUGAUGCGGAUGGAAACAGGUACGUGCGAAUUGCGGAAGACCAAUUGUUACCCACCGACUCUGAUGAAGAUGCUGGUGUGCUUGAUGCGGAUGGAAACAGGUACAUGCAAAUUGCAGAAGACCAAUUGUUGCGCACCGACUCUGAUGAAGAUGCUGACGUGCUUGAUGCCAAUGUAUACGGUGACGUGCCAAUUGUGGAAGACAUUGACUCUGAUGAAGGUGCUGACACACUUGAUGGCGAUGCAAAUGAUGACAUAGAAAUUGUGGAAGAUCAAUGGCAACCCACUAUAGCAUACUGCUCAAGUAAUGGCCAAGGAAGCACUUCGAUGCCAUCAGAUACCCGUAUCCCAAUUAUAUUCGACAAAUAUGGGCGGCCUUGUGAUGUUGGGUCGGAAGAAUUUGUGACGGAUAUUGGAAGGAUACUACGAGCACAUUGUCCUCCUGCAAUCGAUUCUUGGAAAAUUGUUCCAAACAGCAUCAAAGAAAAUAUUUGGAAGGCUGUUGUUAUUAGGUAUGUCGUACCUGAAGUUUAUAAGCCCAGUAUUUUGGAAAAGGCUAGAAAAUCUUUGAAAAGUUGGAAGCAUAGUCUGCGUUUAGAGUUGGAUAAAUAUGAGACCGUUGCUGAGAGAAAAAUAAAUAUUCCAUGGCGUCUGAUUACAAAGAGAGAAGAUUGGGAGAGUUUUGUUGAUUUCUGCAAUACUGACGAGGAUAGGAAACGUCGCGAAGCUGGUAGAAAAGCUAGAGAAAAACUUGAAUUUUUACACUCAUGUGGCAGGAAAGGAAUUUUUCGCAAAAUAUAUGAAUUGGAAAAAGAGAAUUCAACUGCCGAAGUUAGCAGAGCUGCGAUAUUUGUUGACACCCACUUUUCCAAGAAUAUGAAUGAUCCUAAAAUGAGAUUAGUUAAAGAGCUUGUAGAAGCUAAUCCAGACGGUCAAAAAGAUAUCGACAACGAUGCUGUCGCACUGGUAUAUGGACGUGAUUCACGAGGUUCAGUAAAAGGCAUGGGAGGAGGUGUUUCGAGGACUAUGAUACAUGCUUCGGCUCCAAGUUUAGAGAUUCUUCGCAAAGUUGAGCAAGAAAACAAGAGUUUGCGGUCUGAUCUCCAUUUACUCCGAACACAAUUAGGAUUACACACACCGAAUGAUACUUCUACACCAUCAAAUCAAUCUGCGCCUCAGACACAAAAUCGUACUUCUACAGCAUCAAAUCAAUCUGCGGUGCACACACAAAACCGUACUUCUACACCAUCAAAUCAAUCUGUGCCUCGGACACAAAAUCAUCCUUCUACACCACCAAAUCAAUCUGCGCCGCACACACAAAACCGCACUUCUACACCAUCAAAUCAAUCUGCGCCUCAGGCACCUGAAGUGUCCAACUUGCCUGCUCGUUUACGUUUGGUACCUGAAUCGUCCAACUUGCCUGGUCGUUCACAUUCCAACUUGCCUGCUCGAUCACGUUUGGUACCUGAAGCGUCCAAAUUGCCUGCUCGAUCACGCUUCGCACCUGAAGCGUCCAAAUUGCCUGCUCGUUCACGCCUGACACCUGAAGCAUCCAACUUGCCUGCUCUUUCACGCUUGGCACCUGAAGUGUCCAACUCGCCUGUUCCUUCACGUUUAGCACCUGAAGUGUCCAAUUUUCCUGCUCGUGCACCUCCUGUGUCCAACAUGCAUUCUAACUCAUGUUUCAUAAAUAACUUUAAAGGAAGAACCAUUGCUUUAGGUAGUUUUAACGCUGCUGAUCCACCAAUGGAACAUGCCUACAGUUUAAGCAUCGAAGAAAUAUUCGACAGAGAUGCAGAUUUAUUUGAUAGAGAUGGGAAGCUUGGAGAUAUUAUGAUUGGGGGCGUUAUUAAUUGGCCAAAAGCAUGUGUUGAGUUCAACUUGCCAGCUAGCUCAUGUUUUAUAAGAAAUUUCAAAGGAAGAAUUAUUGCUUCCGGUAGUUUCAACACUACUGAUUCACCUGCGCUUCAUGUCUGCAGUGUAAUUGUCAAAGAAAUUUAUGACAGACAUGCAGAAUUAUUUGAUGAAGAUGGGAAGCUUGGGGACAUUAUGAUCGGGUGUGUGAUUAAUUGGCCAAGUGCAUGUAUUACGCCUUGUCAAUCAUAAACCAUAUCACUAUUGCUUUUCAUUUCCAGUACGUAACUCGUAUGUAUAGUCUUGGCAACCUUGGGUUCUAAUUUUAGAAGCUUCUUUUUCUAAUUUGGAUGUUGUCUGUUCAAGAAAAUGGUUAUGAGGUACAAUUUAAGCAUCUGCAGGAGACCAAGUGUGUGCUAUUACAGGAAAGAGCAGAUGAAAAGUUUCAAAUUGAUGGACGGACUGUAGCUGUCGAAGAAAAUUGACAUUUGUCUUGGGUUCGAGGUCAGCCUGCCUUAGCUGGGAGAAUGUAACAGACACAGGUUAGUCAUGGGGCAGGUGCCCCCCACACCAUUGCCACACCCAUUUAUCUUCAAAUGGCCUUUUGCAGUCCUACUAAGAUUUGUCCAUGACUACUGCUUAAACUAGCAGCUGCAACACUAUUGCUUUCCAGGAUACUGUACUGUGUUAUUGUGUAGAUGAGCAAUCAGUUAUCAGGCAAUUGUUUUGAAACUUCUAGGAACUUUCUUGCAUACAUUUCUCUAGUUUUGAGUGAAAUGGUGUUUGUACUUUUUAGCUGUACUUACUGGCCGUACUUUGCAUUAUCUAUGGUUUCCUAAACUGAAGUUAAUUUGCCAAUCUAGUAAGGUUCAUGUCUGGGUUUUUUUA